ACUGCUUUGCCUUUCUUCCGAAACCGUGCUAUAUUGGUGAACGGUGACAGUAGCAGUAAAAGCCAGGUUACACAUGAGGAAACUCACGCUAGACUUGCAACUAAUCAGCCUGAGUUAGCCUACGUUUAUCACUGGGCUUCGAGCGAGAAGGCAAAAGGGACAACCAUGGAAAAAGUGAAAGAGCUUCUCCGGGGAGGGGAGCUGGACCGCCGGACUGCGGCACUGCUGACGGGUGCUGCCUGCGGUGCCGGAGCCCUGGCGGUGCUGCUGGUCCGGAAAGUCACCAGCCGACAGACGAAGGAGAAGAUCCAGAGAGCCAGAAACCGGAGGACCGAGAGCCUGCAGCGGGCAGAGCAGGCUGUGCUCCGGUACAAGGAGUCGCAUCCAACAACCGACUCUGCUGUCAUCUUGACGUUGUCCCUAUCUGAGUUGACAGAGCAACUCCAGAAAGGCUCGCUGAGCCCUGAGGAUGUGUUUUACUCCUAUAUGGAAAAGACUCUGGAUUUAAACAAAAAGCUGAACUGCUGCACAGGGAUUUUGCUGGAGAGUUUUGACCAGCUAAAAACUAUUGGCUCCAACAAGGAAGGUCUCUUGUAUGGAGUACCAGUUAGCAUCAAAGAAAACUUUGAAUGCAAGAAUCACGACUCUACCUGUGGUGUGGUCGUUAAUCUGGACCAGCCUGCCCAUAAGGACAGCGUGAUUGUUGAAGUUCUGAAGAGACAAGGGGCUAUCCCCUUUGUGAAAACCAACAUACCCCAAGGCCUUUUAAGUUAUGAAUGCAGUAACCCCAUUUAUGGGCUGACCGUGAACCCCCAUAAUCUACAGAAGACCUCUGGAGGUUCGUCUGGUGGGGAGGGGGCUCUCAUUGGGGGAGGAGGCUCUCUGCUUGGUUUAGGUAGUGAUAUAGGGGGCAGCAUCCGUAUCCCUGCCUCUUUCUGUGGGAUCUGUGGUUUCAAGCCAACUGCGGGACGGCUAAGUUCACAGGGUUUGACAGCCAUUUAUCGAGGGCAAAAGUCAGUGCUGUCAUCUCCUGGACCCAUGGCGAGGGAUGUGGACAGUCUGGCUCUGUGUAUGAAGGCUCUGCUGUGCGACCACAUGUUUUCCCUGGAUCCCACUGUUCCACCCAUACCUUUUAAUGUGCAGAUAUACCAGAGCUCCAAACCUCUUAGGAUCGGCUACUUUGAAAGUGACGGCUACAUGCAAUCGUCUCCAAGCAUGGCCCGAGGCAUCAGAGAAGUCAAAGCACUGUUAGAGCAAGCAGGCCACACUUUGGUGCCCUACAGUCCUCUGAAGAUCGAUCACGUUGUCACUGAACUGAUGCUAAGGGGUAUUCUUGCAGACGGAGGCACCAACCUGCUACAGAAACUGAAAGGAGGCCCUCUGGACCCCUGUCUGAGAGCACAGAUUUACCCCUUAUAUAUUCCCAAGUGGUUGAAGAAAACCCUCUCAUUCCUCCUAAAGCCGCUGGCACCUCGUGUGUCUAACUUCCUCAGUGUGAGCUGUGGAGUUGGAUCUGUUCCAGAUCUGUGGAAGCAGCAUGCUGCUGUUGAGGACUACAUUUGUGAAACGAUAGCGGAGUGGAGAAGAUGCAACAUUGAUGUGCUGCUGUGCCCUAUGAUUGGACCAGCCUUCAACUUCUUUUACUGUAGCAAGAAUAACGCUAUGGUCUCGUACACAAUGCUUUACAAUCUCCUCACCUUUCCUGCCGGUGUAGUUUGUGUUUCCACUGUGACAGCAGAGGAUGAGGAGAAACUCAAGGACCAUAAGGGCAUUUAUCAGGACUGCUUAGACAAGGUCUUCAAACAGGCUGUAUCUGGAGGCGAGGGUCUGCCCGUGGGGGUGCAGUGUGUCGCUCUGCCGUGGCAGGAUGAGCUCUGCCUGCGCUUCAUGAAGGAGGUGGAACAACUGGUCAAACAGAGCAGAGAGUAAAACCUGGUGGCCACAAGUGGGAACUUCAGUGGCUUCAGGUUAAAUUUUCUUUGAGUACAACAAGUGUAUUGAUUGUGAAAACACAAACAAUGAGCCAGACUCCAAAAUCAAUUUUGAUGAAGACACUCUUUGAAGUAGUGAAUAAUAACUGCACAAAUCAAUAUUGCUGUUAACCAUAUUGAAACAAACUGAAAUAUGAGUAAAAGUCAACACAAUUAUUAUUUCUUUAGAAAAGGUGGUUGAGUAUUUUAAAAUCUUAAAUAGUUUGUGUUUCACUCUUGUUCUCAGACAUUUUCAGCUCUUUGGCUUUUUGAACUUUAAUAAAGAUAGACUAAAUGGUAACUUUUAAACUAAAGACAAUAGUCAAGUUCAUCAGCACGGUAUCCUUUUGUGUUUGUGUUUGCCUUAUUCCUUAACAGACCAAGAUUUUAACAAUUCAUUUAAUUUGUGUUGUGCUUAUAAGAGUCUUAUAAGUAAGUGUGUCACUAAUUAUUAUAAUUACAUGAUCCUUAUGUUUUUUUUUUUUUUUUUUUUCUUUUGCUAAGUUCAGGAUCCGAUUUGUACUUCAUUAGCAGGUGUCAAAUAAGUGUUUGUUCUGUUUUAUCACAACUGACAUUGUUUAAAAUUUCACGCAGUAUGGCAUAAAUAGGACCUGCAUGAUGUAGAACAAAUUGAAUUCACAUCACCAUUAGGCAAAGAGGCACCGUGACCACAUGUGGUAAAUAUUUAAAAUUAGAAUUUAUAACAAACAUGGAUAAUAAUAUUUUCUCGUUGAUCAUGUCUGUCUCUUUGUAAAAUAACUGACAGCCUAUUAUGAUAUGAUGUCUGAGAAUAAAACAAAGCAGCUGAUUUCUCACAGAGGAACCACCACUGUUAUUUGUUUUCACACUAG